CUACCGCGGGUCGGGUAAUACCCGCCUCAUCGCGGGUCAGGUCCGAUAAUACCCACAAGGCGGGUUGAAAUUGUCAUCGCUACAGCUAGCACGACUCUGUUUCAUUCAUUCUCGUUCUUCGGCUUAGUGACUCUUGUUUCUCCCUCCCUCUCUCCCGAGAACUUCUUAUUAACAAACUCUUACUCAAAUACCCUAAAAUACCCUUUUCCCAUUACUCACCGUAGUAUCACAAGUUCACAACCAAAAUAAAGGGAGCAGAUUAGGUGAGUAACCUUGUGGUGAGUAACCAUGAGUAACCCGUCCACAUCAGCAUGACAUCAGCAUCCUCUCUCUCCUGGAAAGCCUUUAAUUUUCCCCUCUUUAAUCUUUGAUGAACGAUUUCUCACUCAUUUUAAAUCGAAAUUUAAUUUUUUUUUGCACAAUUAGAUCAGAUUAAUUGUGCUCUUCAAAAUAAUAUCCACUUUAAUAUAUUUUUCAAACAAAAAAAAUUGAGCCAUUUUUUACCAGUCUAUACCAUAUGGUAUUGACUGGUAUUGAAAUAAAAGCAUACAUAUGGUUUGAAAAAAGUACCAUGGUGGUAUGAACAAACCAAGACUGUAGGAUGGUUGAAUACAUGAUAGUAGAAAUAUAUUGAUUGUCAUUUACGACUUUUAACAUUGUAUACCACAAGAUACCACCCCGUACCAGGGUGGUAUUGUAUGGUAUUUUUUGGUCAUAUAAUUUGUUCACCCAUAAAUUUGUAGAUCCAAUAGAUCAUGAUGAACUCGUCCCUUCUGUGCAAACGUUUUCAAAAACGAAUUAAAAACGAAGAAGAUACCAUACAAUACCACCCCGUAUACCAGGGUGGUAUUGUAUGGUAUUGUGUGGUAUUUUUUGGUCCUGUAAUUUGUUCACCCAGAAAUUUGUAGAUCUAAUAGAUCAUGAUGAACUCGUCCCUUAUGCGCAAACGUUUUAAAAAACGAAUUAAAAAUGAAGAAAAUACCAUAUGGUAUGCAGUUGGUACCGAGAGGCCAUAAUUUUUUGUUCUAAAAAAAUAUUGAAAAUUGAUCUCAUUUUGUAGAGCACGAUGAACUCGUUCCACCUGUGCAAAAAAAAUUAAAAUCCGAGUUAAAACGAAAAGAUAUGAGCCGAUUAAGAAAGCUAGAGAAAAUAAAAAUGAUCUUUAAUUCUCCAUCCUUAAAUCUGAAUUUUCUAAAUGAAGGGUUCAGAUUUGGUUAUUGAUGGAUGCAUAACCCAUGGUUAUGCACCUAUCUUGAGCCCAAAAUAAAAGGGACGGCGGAUAUCUAGUUAAGCUCCAUGCUAAUCCUACUGGCUACAGUAGAGUUUCCUUUUACGCUUCCACUAUCCUAUUUUAGCUUACUCUCCAGAAACAGUAAUUAGUAAUUAAUGAAAAAAGAAGGACCAAAAAAGAGGACAAAUUUCCCAGACAGCUAGCGGUUUUCUAUGUUUGAAAAAUCUCGCGUUCAUAGCAAUAAGGUAAAAAGCAAAUUAAUUCCCGGGAUCCUCAUUAUAUUGCCAGUGCACAUAUUUAAUUCCUUUUCGAUCUCUCUCUACCCACACAUCUUCUUUCUCUCUUGCAUAUGAUCAAUCAACGGCAGUAGAUAUGAAACCCGUCGACAUGGCGACGGUUCUCACCGCCGCCACGGUCCUCUUACCGCUGUUGCUACUUCUCGCCGCCGAAGGGAUCACCACCCUCAACGAAGCCGGCGCCCGUAGGGCUGUCUGCGAGACCAGGGGCGGCGACGUCGACAGCCGCACCACCGACACGCUGGCGGUGCAAGCGGCGUGUUUUGAGAAGUGCGGCGGCGAUAACUUUCAGGCCUCCGUCGCCGCCGGGUUGGAUAGUAGUAGUACUGCCACGGAUGAAGCGGGUCCCGGUGGCGGUGAAGCGGCGACGGCGACGUCGGAGAGGACACCCUACUUGUUUAACGUUCUCGAUAUCGUUCUGACGAUUUGUAAUAAGUUUUUCCUUUUGGUUCUUUUGUUGCUAGUGCGCUGAGAGUUUGCGCUGUGGAGGUGCCGUUAAUUAAUCUCCCAUGCUUUUUUCAGUAGGUUGAUCGUGUUUACGGCCGGUGAGAUUAUCAAAAUCAUUACUGGGAAUUAUUCUGAAGUAUUCGUGGUUAUUAUUUAUUCUUAAUUAAUGCCGGGAUUAUUAUUAUUAUUAUCAUUAUUGUUGUCAGUGCCUCAGUGAGCCAGUGGUUCCAUCCUUCUCCGACGGGCUGAUAGAGUAGGCCGGCCGGAAUGGGCCUGGUUGGCCACCAUCCUUCAGACUUUCGCCAGGAGCGAAAAAAUAGCAAUUGUAUAUACGACGACAAUACUUUGAAUACUUGAUAUCAAUCUGUAAGGGUGGGCACGUGGGUGGGUGGUUAAAACGCGGAUUGAUAUUGAUCCACCCACAAAAUAACCCGACCUGCAUACAAUGGGUGAUUGAUGUGGGCGGAUUGCGGAUUGUUAAAUCUCCAGCCCGCACAUUAUGUGGGUGGAUUGCGGGUCACCCGUAUGACUCGCGUCCUAUUUUUACAUGGAAAAAUGUUGUUUCUUAUAGUAUUGAAUAUUCAUCAUAUUUUCGAACGACACUACAGUCUAAUCAUAUAUUUCAAAAGGUGGAGAAUAAAGAAUGGUUUUGACUACUAUUAUUGGUUGUUGUGUUGUGCAAUAUCCAUUGGGUAUUGGGUAUUUGCAUAAAUUAUUGUCAAUAUCCAUUAAAUGUUGGGAUACAAACUAUAAAUUAUUAAUUGUAUCAAAAUUACAAAUUAUUGAUACAAUCAUACUAAUUUAUAAAACUCUUCUCCUAAUUCAAAACAGAAAACAAAACACCUUUUUUCCAAACAUACAAGGAAAAUGUCAAACCCAAAGUCAAACAGAAUAGACCCAAAACACAAAACAAAAUAACAAAGCUCAAAUCAAAUUCAAGACGAUUA